GCCGCCGCCAUGCACCGCCAGGGCUUUCGGCCCCCGACCCCUCCGUACCCCGGCCCCGGCGCGGGCGGCUGGGGCGGCGGCGGCGGCGGCGGCUUCCGCGGGGCCCCGGGCGGGCCGCGCCAGGCGUCCCCGCAGCACACGCCGCCGCCCUACGGACCCCGCGCGCGGCGCGGCGGCUUCCCCGGGGCCCGCUUCGGCUCUCCGCCCCCCGGCUCCCCCGGGCCGCCCCCGCGCCUCGCCGGCUCCCCCGGACCGCAGCCCCACGGCCAGGGCUCUCCAAGGACGUCUACACCUUUCGGAUCAGGGCGUGGUAGAGACAAGAGAAUGUCUAAUGAUUUGGAGAGUUACUUUAAGCCUUCCAUGCUUGAAGACCCUUGGGCUGGCCUAGAACCAGUGUCUGUAGUGGACGUAAGCCAACAGUACAGCAGCCCUCAGACAUUCACAGGCAAAAAAGGAAGAUACUUUUCUUAACAUUUCCGAAAUACGGCUGGAAACUUCUGAGUCAGAAGCAACUUGGACAAAAUGGUGUGAAUAACUUUGAAUAAUUAGUUGGGACAUCUUGAUAUUUUUACUGUGGCAAGUACUGUUCCUAUUAAAGGAGACAUGUAGUAGGAUAAUUUGCAAUAUUUAGUGUUCUGGAAGUGCCGACCAUACUUGAAGCUUUGCAGUUUCUAGAUAUUUGCCAUUUUGUUUAUAUAUUUGGUUAUAUACUCUAAUGGCUUUUCAUUGUAUUAAAAUAAAACCUUUUCUAGCUGUAAUGUGGUUUUGUCACAUGCUAAAGAAGUAGAAUUUAAGUCAUGCAUUGUAAUUACUGGAUAUUUAGGAAAUAUCUUGCACACUGCUUUUUACAAUGAAAUAGUAAGCCAUUAAACUGUAGGCAGUUCUUUAUUUGUUCAUAGGGAAAGGAGUAAAGGACAAGAAUAAAAGAACUCUUUAUAAUCAUCCUUCAUUAUAUUUUAUGUAAUAUUUUUGUAAAUGCAUUGCAGUUUGAUUGGAAAUCACAAAAACCCACUAAAAACUUAUGUGAAAAGAGGUAUUUAUUUAACUGGGAAAAGUUAAUGAAGUUCUGUGUUUAUAAUAUUCGAUUAAAAAAUUAUUUAAAUUA